GUACAGCAACUUGCGAUGGGACUAGCGUGUGAGAGCCAGCCCACGACGUCAGACGAGACGGUGGUGGCAGGCGGCACCGUGAUGCUCAAGUGCCUGGUGGAGGACCCGGAUGACUCCUCACUGCAGUGGUCCAACCCUGCCCAGCAGACCCUCUACUUCGGGGAGAAGCGAGCCCUGCGGGACAACCGGAUCCAGCUCGAGCGGUCCACACCCAACGAGCUGACCAUCAGCAUCAGCAACGUGGUGCUGUCCGACGAGGGCGAGUACACCUGCUCCAUCUUCACCAUGCCUGUGCGGACUGCCAAGGCCCUUGUCACCGUGCUGGGAAUCCCCCAGAAGCCCCAGAUCUCCGGCUACGAGAUGCCCAUCCGGGAGGAGGAGAUGGCACGGUUGACGUGCAGGUCCUCGGGCAGCAAGCCAGCGGCCAAGCUCCGAUGGAAGAAGGGGAUCAAGGACCUGAAGGACGAGGGCACUGAUGUGAUGGAGGACUCCAACGGGAAGACAUUCACAGUGACCAGCCGCGUGGAGUUCCACGUCACCAAGGAGGACAACGACAUGGAGGUGACCUGCACGGUGGAUCACGAGUCCCUGCAGAACACGGAGAGAUCCGUCACCCAGAAACUCCAGGUCUACUAUAAGCCGACAGCCAAGAUCGAGCCAAACCCCCAGUACCCCCGGGAGGGCGAGAAGCUGCGCCUGCAGUGCGAGGGGCAGGGCAACCCUGUGCCGCAGGAGUUCCUGUGGGAGAAGGAGGGCAGCGACACCCCCCUGCAGAUGAACUCGGAGAGCGUCCUCGUGUUUCCGUUCCUCAACAAGAGCGACAGCGGCACCUACGUCUGCACGGCCACCAGCUCCAUGGGCAGUGUCAUAGCUAAGUACAACCUGGACGUGAACGAUCUGUCCCAGCUCCCCACCCCACACAUUCACUCCACUCCAGCCCCUCCGCCAGGCCCUUCCCAGCCCAUCACUCAUCUUUCCAUGACCACCGCUUCAUCCUUCACUCCAGCCGCUGUCCAAGAUGCCAGCCCGGUGCCUUCCAGCCCCGGCACGUACCAUGCCGUGAUUGGCGGAGUGGUCGCAGUCAUUGUCUUUCUGCUGCUCAUCCUGCUCAUCUUCCUGGGACACUACCUAAUCAGGCACAAAGGAACUUAUCUGACGCACGAGGCCAAGGGCUCAGAUGAUGCCCCGGAUGCAGACACUGCCAUCAUCAAUGCGGAGGGCGGGCAGGCUAGCAGCGACGACAAAAAAGAAUACUUCAUCUAGGGGUGCCGGGAGGAGACAGGAGAAAUGGAGCCAACCAACCUGGAUGGAAACGGAAACCAGACCACAAACCCAACUCAACCCAACAGAUUUUCUCUCGCGCCCGGGACGGACGGACGGACAGAGGGAUGGCGGGACAGAGACCAGAGAGUGACCGGCCUGACUCAUGAUGAUUCUUCUUGAACUUGUACAAAACAUUGUUACUAAGAACAGCGACAGCCCCGGCCCCGUUCGCUUGCUUGUACCUCCACCCCCGCGACUGACGCUCGCACUAAACACCCGAUGAACCC